AUGAUUGCUUCCCUCGGAAAACCGAGAGAAGAGAUUCCGUACGAAAAUCGCAAGAAUUUGGCUCCUGGUUUGAAAGGUUAUUAUGUUCAUAGACUUUUAGUAAACGCUGUAGCAAUGUGGGCUUCACCUCGUUAUGCUUGUUAUAUUUUCAUGAUGUUAGAUGAACUAUAUAAAGCAGAACGUGGAGAGAUGGAAAAGAAACUUCAAGCAAAAGAUGAAGUCAUUGAAUCCAAAGACAAAAGCAUACAGAAAAGAAUACCGCGUUCGGUACCAAAAGGAAAGGAAAAGAGUUAUAAGUAUAUGAUAUAUACUGAAGAGUUGGAGAAAGAAGAAGAUAAAGAUGUGGUUAUGUUGCAUUUAGUCAGAAGAAACAACAAGAGCUUUUAUGACUUAGCUAAAAUAUAUAAAUCUGACAGAAACUGGUUCUAUCGUGAAAACUUACCGAUUUCAAUGACACCGAAUGAGCAAAUAAAGGAAAUUGUCAAAAAUACUCUUCCUCAAACACACUAUGACAUCAAAGGUUGCACAAUACUUACAUUCAAAGAAGACUUAACAUUA